AUGCCUGUGGAGGGUCAGCAAGGUGCAUCUCUGGCCAGAGCUCGCUGUCCACUCCUCCACCGAAGCAGCAACAGGAGGAGAUGUAACCACGCAAGCCUCUCCAGGUCACAGGAGUCCAAGGAGAGGGAAGGCCCUUCUACUGAGGGGAUCUUCAGAAAAGCGGCCAACAAGAAAGCCCGCAAGGAGCUGAAGAAGGACCUGAACAAAGGCAGGCAGGUUGAUCUGGAGAGCAAAUCUGUGCAUCUGUUGGCAGUGGUCUUGAAGAGAUUGCCACCACAGUUUGUUUUUGGAGACCACCCAGUGGCUGAGACAUGCGGCCGGGGCCAGAGUAACAGAAUUCAUCUCCAGUGCAACGCCUUCGUCUUCACACGGUCUGUGGACAACAGGGAGAAGGAGCCUGUUCGUUACGCAAACCUCAUGUAUGACAGGAGAGUGGUGCGCGGCAACACUUACGCCCUUCAGGUCUUACCUGCGAGUACCCAACCAGAUCCUCUUGAAAUUCAAAGGCAGAGAGAAGCACGGAGAAGAGCACUGUUCAGAAAACGAGCAAAAGAGCAGAUGCAGCCAAGAACCCCUGAACCUGUGGAAGGCAGAGAGCAUGUUCAUGUGCAGACAGAGCUAUAUUUGGAAGAGAUUAGUGACCGGAUAGUAGAAGUUGACAUGGAGUGUCAAACAGAUGCAUUUCUGGACAGACCACCCACUCCCCUCUUCAUACCAGCCAAAACAGGAAGAGAUGUGGCCACGCAAAUAGAAGAAGGAGAGCUGUUUGACUUUGACGUGGAAGUCAAGCCAAUGCUGGAAGUGUUGAUUGGAAAGACUAUUGAGCAAGCUUUGCUGGAAGUCAUGGAGGAAGAAGAGCUGGCCAACCUAUGGGCACAUCAGCGUGCGUAUGGAGAACUGCGUAAUGCAGAGCUGGCUGAGGUACAGCGCCUGGAAGAGCAGGAGAGGCGAUACAGAGAGGAAAAGGAACGUCGCAAACGCCAGCAGAUGCAAGUGCUGCAGAAACAGAAAGAGACCACAGAGAAAAUUGCAGCUCGGGCAUUUGCUCAGCGUUACUUGGCUGAUCUCAUUCCAUCAGUCUUCAGCAAUCUUCGUGAGAGUGGGUAUUUCUAUGACCCUAUAGAAAGAGAUAUUGAGACAGAAUUCCUUCCCUGGUUGAUGACAGAAGUGGAAGAAGCAUUGCAGAAGAAGGUUCUGGGGAGGACAGUGCUUGACUCCUUGAUUCGUACAGUGGUUGGAAAACGCUUAGAUGCCUUUAGCCAUAAACAACUGUCUGAUCAGGCAGAGGGAGCUGCUGAAGAGCCCAGGUCAACAGACACAGCCCCGCAGCUGGCUGGUCUGACAGAAGAUGCUGGCCAACCAGCUGCACAGAAAGAGCUGACUGACCAACCUGUUGUUGAAGAACAAUUUUUGCCUCACAUCUCUCUUCAGUUAGAGGAAUCGGAUCAAGCAGAAAUGGAUGAUUUUGAAACUGAGGAACAAGAAGGAGACGUACCGUAGCCUAGAGGACUGCCAUGGAUCAUUUCUGAAGAAAAUCAAGCAAACAAAUGCUGACCUGAAUAUUUGCUUUUAAAAUGUUACAAGAGGGGAAGUGGUCAUCUGGAAUAUUUUCAUAUUUGUCACUUCUACUUUGUGUUUUAUUGCUAGAAAAUUUAGCAAUUAGCUUAGUGUUGAAUUAUUCUAUUUAAAUAGAUUGUGGCAUUAAAUAAUGAGAAGAAUAUAAAAUUACAUUCUUAAAUUAUUGUAAAAAGAAUUAAUGAAUUGCAUGCACUGCAUUUCUGGUUCAUUAGAAUUUAUGAAUACAACCCAACCCUGUAAAUAUAAUGUGUAAAUUACACAUUAUAGUGUAAUUGUACUUUUGGGGAAAUAAAAUGUUGC